AUGGCUUCAUUAACCGCAGAAAAGAUUGAGAUCAAUGACAUCCAGCCAGGAAUGUCGCAAGCCGUAAAGGAUUGUAUCAGUGGAACUGUAGGCGGUAUCGCUCAAGUUCUUUUCGGUCAGCCUUUUGACACGGUGAAAGUCCGUCUCCAAACACAAUCAACCACGAAUCCAGUCUACUCUGGUAUGAUGGACUGUGUCAAGAAGACUCGUGCACAGGAAGGACUUGCCGGAUUUUACAAGGGUACUAUGACGCCUUUAGUGGGUAUCGGUGCUUGUGUAUCUAUUCAAUUUGUCGUACUUGAGGCCAUGAAGCGUCAUUUUGCUAGUGUCAACAAGAAGGGAGAGUUCCUCAGCAACAGCCAACUCUACUUGGCUGGUGCUGCUAGUGGUCUCGCCAACUCAUUUGUAUCAGGCCCUGUGGAACACAUCCGUACAAGACUUCAAGUUCAGACAGGAACUGGAUUCAGUGGUCCUAUUGAUUGCAUUCGUCAAAUCUACAAUGCUCAUGGUAUCAGAGGUAUCUAUAAGGGCCAAGCCAUUACCAUGGCUCGUGAGUUCCAAGGUUAUGGUGCCUACUUCUUGGCUUAUGAAUUCCUCGUUCAAGAGGCUAUGAAGAAGAACAACUUAGAGAAGCGCUCCGAAUUACCUACCUGGAAGGUCUGUGCUUUCGGUGCUGCUGCUGGUUAUGCCAUGUGGUUCACUAUUUAUCCUAUGGAUGCCAUCAAGUCCAAGUUGCAAACAGAUGGCUUCACUCCUCAAACCAAGAAAUACUCUUCUGCCUUAGACUGUGCUCGCAAGACAUUUGCCAAGGAAGGUGCUGCUGGUUUCUUUAGAGGUAUUGGUCCCUGUUUGCUUCGUGCUGCUCCUGUCAAUGCAGUUACUUUUAUGGGUUUCGAAAUGGCCAUGCGUGUAUUAUCUUAG